CACGUUUUCGAAUUUUUUUUUAUAGAUGUGUGCCUAUAUUGGCAGCUGUUCUUUGGGAUAUUGGUUAUGAAGACCUGCCCAUCACUGUUGAUGUCAUUUUCAAGGCCAGCUUUUAAGAUCCUUGUGUCCCACAAUGUCUCCAAAACGUGAUCACAUCGGUGGCGUCACAGGCCCCAAGCACUUUAAUUAACAAAGACGGGUGGAGAAAGCUUUUGUCGAGCACAAAAGUUGAUUUGACACGCUUCCCCGUUUAUUUCCAUGACGGGUCUCCCCGUGGGAAGGGUUUCACAAGCCAGUUAGGAUAUGAGUCUCCUUCCAUCGUUAUCAUCGUUUCUGGCUAAGAACGUGGCUUCAUCUCAAGACAAGCAUCCCAAGAGACUGAGGAAUAUGGUUCAUUUCUCGUGGAACGUGUAGAUGGUGCUGAACGCUGACGCAACCAUAGUUCUUUCGCUCAUAAAACCGCUUGAGAAGAAACCAGUCAUUGUACAUCCCCUUGAAUUGUUCAUGCAUCACUGUGUUGCCAUGGGAACAGUCAACGUAACUAGCAUCCUCCAACUUAAUUAGUAUCCUCCGAGUCCUCAUCAUUACCAAAUGGUCGCUCCGUUACUACUCGACACGUACGUAGCUAGCAGCAAAACAACAACCUUGCAGCGGGUGAUCGGAUGAAUAAAUUAACAUAAUUAUCCUAUCGACCAACCAGGAGACGGAAGACACUGGUAAUGCAGGAUUCGUACCUCUCGCGAGCACUGCAUUGCAGAUUGGACAUCUAGGCGGCCGUUCAGUGCAUCCUGACAUAAUGACAGAUUAUGAUUUAUUUAGUAAUUCGCCAUUUUGCUUGGAUCUCUAAGCCUCCGAAUGAUGGGGGGUUAAUUAUGUAUUGAUGGUUUUCCUAUCUGCCCGUGUCAAAAUAACUACAACAAGCGAUUUCUUAAAUUUUGUGAUUUUUAUCCUUCGCGUCGAGAUGCAUCCCAUCAGCACGUCGUCGUUCCUUGUUAGUGCAGCAUUCCUGCAGACAUUCACGACAGCCAGUGCGAAGCAGUGUCCUUACAGCAAUUACGGCGAUACUGUUUAUUAUACAUGCCCGAGCAAUCAGUACUGCUGUGGACGCAAUUCGUGCUGUUACUCUAACGAUUACUAUUACGGCGUGUAUGAUCUCUGGUACUUCUGGUUUUGCCUGUGUUUCGGCAUCUUUAUUUGCUCCCUGGCUAGUGGGGCUUACUACCGCAAACGUCAGCUGCGUGGCGUGCAGGUCGCAGCCAUCCAUCCUCGGAACCAGCACCACCACCAACACAACCAACGGGGCACGGGCAACCCCGUCCAGGUGAUGCAUGGCCACGGAGCGAUGAACGGUCGACUAGGUCCCGACGGGCUCAUGCACCCACACCCGAGGAACGUCAUGGUGACAACCACAGAUGCCUCCGGUCAUCCGAUAUACCCGCCCCAGGGUUACUACGACGGAGAGGCGCCCAACUACGCGAUGUUCAGCACGUCGGGUGGCCCCGUCUACCCGGCCUACGCGUACCUGCCCCCACCGCCGUCUUACAGUAGCUUGGCCGCCAGGAUAUCGCCGGCUCCUUCGGUGACGACUUCGCCUUCGUCCUCUCCGUCUUCGACCAGUUCAUCGUCGUCCACGAGCCGAUCGGAUGUGCCCACAGUAUCCACUUAACUUGACUGGCAGGGGAAAGGAACUGGAAGUGCAGUUUUCAAGAGGUAGAAGAGCGAGAGAUGUUGAGAAUUUUUGUUGUCGUUUUAUUUGUGUGUAGGAUUUCAGAACAAGACGAUUGAACAAAGUUUAACUAAAUGAAGCAGCUCAACAAAAACAGUAAAUUAAUUGAUAAUGAAAAUGACAUUUUUCAUAGUGGAGUGGACUGCGAAAUGGGGCGUGCCCAGAAGGGGGACGAAAACCAAAUUAGAACUAGUGUAAGGGGGAAAUUCCAUUAAAUGAGAUCAACACAUCAUGUUAACUUUGACUGGUUGUGUGUGCUUAAUAGUAUCUACGACGGAUAUCCUAAUACUUUUUUCCUGUAUAAAAUUUCCGGAGAGAAAUAUUUAAGAUAACAAUUAGAACUUGUCGUUUCUGUUAAUUUGUUAAUUGCCGUUAUUCACAAAUUUAGUAUCACAGUCCAUUUUGAUGGAAAUCUACAUAAAUCUUUUCGUGAUAUUCACCGCUAUUAAUGUUAUUUAACACUCAGAGUUUAAUAAUAUAGUUAAAUGAUUAUUUGAGAAUCGAAAAUUUGAUGUUAACUGUCUGUCUUUGGGUCAGAAAGUAAUUGUAUUUUUUGGCACGAUUUCUGCAGACACUUUUCAAAUUUAAAGGUAUCUUUGCAGUGAUGUAGAAUUAAGAAUAACUCUAUGCAAAGUUUGCUGAAACGGUUCUCGUCUUCGGUGACCACAAACAAAACAUAAAGUUUCCAGGAGGUGUUUUGUAAAAACUAUGAAUGCCAUCUAGCACUGAUGCUGCAACUCUUGUACAAAAAAGGAACAAAGAGGGCAUAUUGUAAAAGAAGAUAUAAAGAAAAGAUCCCGCUUUUUAAGUAGAGACCACUGUUGUCGCUCCAAGUAACUGAAAAUGUAGGCUGCAGUUUUACGAAUUAUAAUCUUAAGAAAGCCCACCGGUCGUGCAAAUAAGUAUUCGUUGAAGUAGUCUCAACAGUGCGUACGCUUCAAACAUGAAAACAGAUCAUUCUACGAAGCAAAAUAUGCCAACAGACGCCAUGGGCUUUCGUUUGUCUAUUAUAAGGUACAGUUUGCCACUUAAUUUGUAUCUAAAAUCUGUGCAAAGUGAAGCAAAGUGAACAAAUAAAUAAUGACGAUUGUAGUUUUCAAUAGUA